UACCUGGUCGACGGGGCCACACUGACAGGUCCGAAGGCUUGGAGCUCCCCUGGGUUUCAGCCGCACCAUGAUCAAGUCGUCGAGCGUGUCGUCCGAGGGCGCCGGGCCUCCGCUCGAGGACGACGUGGACUCGGUGUGCUCCGACGAGCUGCUCGGCUCGCAGUCCCGCCGCUGGCUGGCGGACCUGCUGAGCGGGGACAUGCCUCCGGAAGGCGGCGACGUCGGCACGGUGGGCCGCGACGGGCUGUUCGUGGACUAUCACUUCCCCCUGGGCGAGUUGGAGAUGCACUCCGGGGUCCAGUGGAAGCGACCGAAGGAGCUCUGUUCCUCGCCUCAGUUCAUAGUCAAAGGAGCUACACGCCUGGACAUCCGCCAGGGAAAACUCAAUGACUGCUGGUUACUUUCUGCCAUUGCCUCCCUCGCUAUGCACUCAUCUCUACUCAUCAAGGUCAUGCCUCCAGGACAGAGCUUCCAGGAUGGCUACAACGGCAGCUUCACUUUCAGGUUCUGGCAGUAUGGUCUGUGGGAGGAGGUGAGGAUAGAUGACCUGCUGCCGACAAGGGACAACAAACUCCUCUUCCUCAGCUCCCCUGACAAACAGGAGUUCUGGAGCUCCCUGCUGGAGAAGGCUUAUGCCAAGCUGAAAGGUGGCUACAGAUCACUGGACAUGGGGUUCCCUCACGAGGCCAUGGUUGACAUGACAGGCGGGGUGGCUGAGGUCUUGAAGAUUGCCUCGCUGCCCAGAGACCUGCCGACCUUCCUCAGAUACCUUCUGUCUAAAGGGGCACUCAUCAACUGCUUUAACUGCCAGGGUCCCCUGGAAAAAAGGAAUGAACUGGGGAUCAUGUACAGACAUGCCUACUCUCUGACUGCAGUAGAAAAGGUGAAGAUGACACAUGGCACCAAGGAUUUGGUGCGAAUCCUCAACCCCUGGGGCAAAACUGAGUGGUUGGGGGCCUGGAGUGAUGUGACAGGUCCAGAGUGGGAAAAAGUGAGCACCGAGGAGCAGAAACGACUGCAGAGAGUCAGACGGGAGGACGGCGAGUUCUGGAUGUCGGUGUCAGACUUCCGGCAGCAAUUUGAGUUGAUGGAGGUUUGUCACCUGACCAGCAGCCUCCCAAAGUGGGGCUCCAGCGUGCUGCCGUGGUCCUGCAUAAUGCUUCAUGGGAACUGGGUGCCAAGCAUCACAGCGGGGGGCUCUCCCCUUGGGGCUUCGUUCUGGUGGAACCCUCAGUUCCACUUCGACCUGUCAGAGGUGGACGGUGGCAACGAUAAGAAGACCUGCUCCUUUGUUUUGGCUCUGAUGCAGAAACACCACAGACGCAGAGGCAUAGACAUGGCCAUAGCCCUGCAUAUAUACCCGGUCCAUCCCACAAAACCGUACUUGUCGCUCGAGGACCUGAAGGCCCUCCGCCCUGUCCUCUGCACCCCCCAUUACUCCUCGCGCCGGGAGGUUGUUCUCCGCGGCAGCCUCCCGCCGGGUUCCUACAUCAUCAUCCCUUCCACCAUUGAGCCCAAUCAGCAGGGAGCGUUCCUCCUCCGGGUGCUGACAGAACAGGGCAACGCAGCCACUCCAGUUCAAAAACCGGCACCACAAGACGUCCUUUUAAAAGCAGAGCUUUCAUAUCCUCACGAGGCUGCUCUCCCGUCUCCCAGAUCUACCCGACGUCUGUUCGACAGGCACUGCAACAAAAAGGGCUUUUGCAAACCAGCGCAUCUCCACAGCCUCCUGACCGAGGUCAUACAGGGAGGAGUGCUGGCUGGCAGUGAGAAGAACCUGGCUCUGGAGCACUGCAAGAGCCUGGUGGUCCUCAUGGAUACCCAGGGCAUCGCUCAGCUGAACUGGCACGAGUUCCACAGUCUGUGGGAAAAGAUCAAGAGGUGGACGGACAUCUUUCUGGUGUUCGACAAGAACAAAACCCGGCGCCUUGAGUAUCAAGAGGUCACUCCUGCUCUGAAGGCGGCAGGAAUCACCGUGGACGAUUUGGUGAUGCAGCUGGUCGGACUGAGGUACACAGAGCCCGACAUGACCAUCAGUUACCCCGGCUUCCUGUACCUGGUGAUGAAGCUGGAGAGCAUGAUACACAAAUUUCAAGCGUACGACGUGGCGGGAAUGGAAACAAUUACGGUCAGCUACAGACAGUGGCUCCACAUGACCAUGUACAACUGACUGAGACGGAUUCACCAGGACUUGCUUCGUUUAGUCUCUUUCUGUCCUUUCAUCUUUUCAUGCAUGGUCUCGACGUGUGUUUUUUUAUUUCACAGGCUUUGUGCUAAGAAAUUCCUGUAUGGCGUCAUCAUGUAGUCACACGGUAACGACGGAAAAUAUCUGUAUGAUCGCUCUUCAGUCACGGAGACGCCCGGGGUCAAAAGUCAAAGACAGACGUGCUGUCGCUACGGAAAGUGAAGUUUUAUGAUUCUCUGUGUUGGUGACACCUGAGCAGCUAUCACCGCAGUGAUUUAAUGAAUGGAACUUUAGGAUAUUGUCUCAGCCUCGCAUCUUUUCUCAACCUAAAUUUGGGAUAUUAUUACUCCACCCCUUCCGGUAUAACAGGAAAAUGAAGAGCUAAACAAUAAAACUGAUUCUUGUCAAUAGUGCCUUUAUUUGGGGUUGAAACAGCUAUAGUCAUACAAAGCAGUUCAUCACGCAUUCAACGAAUCAUUUGAAUACUAUCAUGCAUUAUGUUUUCUUCAAGCUCUAAAGCUGAAGUGGAAAACUUGGCAACUUGCUGGCAUGUGAACGCCUGGUCACUAAAUCAUUCAUUUACUCGGAUGUCACGUACUUUUGAACUCAUGAUUGUUUUGCCAUAAUUCAGUUUGAAUAAAGAAAAUAGAAAAGAA